GUAGCAGGAAACAGAAAUAUUCAAGAGAAGUGCUGAAAUCAAUAAAUGCACUUCAUCACAUUCAAAUAAAGCACAACAUCAUUUCUGUUUUUGAACCUUAACAGGAUACACUUUUGUAAAGUGUCUCCAUAUUGAUUGAUACCUGAAACACUAAUGAACUGGUGAGGAGAACUGUGCAGUUUAAAUAAAGAAGUCUGAUGCAUCCUUUAUUUUUAGUUUCUGUUCGCUUAUAUGAGGCUUUGUCUUAGAAAAGCAUCACAUCCUCUGAGAGAUUGACACAUUUUACAACACAAAAAACAGUAAGAUAAUCUGUUAGUUGAGGCAGGUUAUUACAGUGCAUGUCAACAUUUGCCAGAUAACAAUCGAGUCAGACAAACUGCUGCUGGUUUGUUUUCAGUACCACUUUAUUACCAUUUUCAGCUCGUCUUGUACUCGAUAAUGAAGCUCGUGACAGAAAACUUGAUGUCUACCAACAUUACAUAAGCAAAAUAAACACCAAUAAGAUGAUUUUGUAGUCUGAGAUAAAAUCAUUUUAUGUGACGCCUCAGUUAACACCAGCUCUCAGCGAGGUGACGGCGCUCUGUGGUAACUGCCAGCUGCUCGUGCCGAUGCUCAAAUGGCAGAACGAUACACAAAUGUUCUUGAAAGUGACAGACAUGACCCAUCCAUUGUCCGAUUGCACUCAAAACUUAGAGACAAAACCCCACUCAGAGCUGCACUGAGCGGGGAUGCUAUUGUUCAUUGUAUUCAGUGCUUAUUUUAACUGUUCCAGAUAAAGCUCCAUUCUCAACAUGCGCUGACGCAGCACAUCCAGCACACAGAUCUGCAGCUCCUGUCUUUCACCCACGUUUACCUGCAUGUUCCCCAAAUACACGGCAGGUCAUUGAAGAGAUGGAUCUUUGCUGGGCCGGGGUCAGUCUCCUGGUGAAACUGACGGUCAAGGUAGGAGGAGUGCAGGGUUUGUUUUUCUUUACCGGUGUUUCACAACUUGACAGAGAGGAUCUUGCCAAACUCUCCUUCUCGUUACAGGGUGGUGAUCCUUCGCAAAGAUGAGGACUGCAGUUCUGCUGUUUGCUGUCGGGCUGUGUGUCUUGAACGUCACAGCUGCCCUGAAGAUCUGCGCUUUCAACGUUCAGAGCUUUGGGGAAUCGAAGGCGAACAACAAGAAGGUCAUGGGGAUUCUGCUGAAGAUUCUCUCUCGGUGCGACUUGUGUCUGAUUCAGGAGGUCCGUGACUCUAAAGGGGAAGCAAUACGAGCUUUGGUGAAGGAUCUGAACAGAUAUGACCAAUCCAACUCGUACUCCUACGUGGAGAGUGAAAGGCUCGGAAGGAAAACCUACAAGGAGCAAUACGUCUACAUUUACAGGAGCAAUGUGCUGAGGGUCAAAGAGCACUAUCAGUACCCUAAACAAAAGAUCGAAGGGACCAACGACACAGAUGUUUUCUCCAGAGAGCCUUUCAUCAUUCGUUUUCACUCCCCCACGACAUUGGUGAAGGAUUUUGUCCUGAUCGGGCAGCACACCUGUCCCAGAAAUGCCAUGAAGGAGAUCGACCAACUGUACGCCGUCUUCAAGGGGAUUCACAAGAAGUGGAAGACUGACAAUGUGAUGAUCUUGGGCGACCUGAACGCCGCCUGCAGCUACGUCACCAUCAAGGGCUGGAGGGCCGUGCGCCUGAGGAGCGACCCCAAGUUUCAGUGGCUGAUUGGAGACGAGCAAGACACCACUGUCCGUGAGAAGACACACUGCGCCUACGACAGGAUCAUCGUCCAUGGACGUGAGAUUAUCUCCUGCAUAGAGCCAGGUUCAGCUCAACCGUUCAACUUUAAAGAGAACUUCCAUCUAACAGAGGAGGAGGCUCUUGAGGUGAGUGAUCACUUUCCUGUGGAAGUUGACCUGAAGCCCAAUCACCGCUACCUCCUCCGCAAUGAGCUGUAAGACCCCUCAGGACCACCAUCAUCAAACACGGGCGUCUUGAUUUUAACUGUAGUCUUAUUUGAUUUUAGCUGUUAAAAUAAAUCACAUUACCCAACAGGACAUUAUCUCAUAGCAAGUGUUCUUUUAUACUGGCGCCACUGCACUCAAACACCAAUAAACGCGAGUUGUUUCAGCGCGAAGGAACUGCGUGCUCUACUGCGGGAGGUUUUUUUUUUUUUUUUUUUGUGCAGCUGAAACCAAAACCGCAUCAAAGUUGACAUCA